GGGCGGAAGCGGACGGGCCCUGCCCUUCCUGCCCGGCGCUACGCGGCGUCUUCUUCCUCCUUCUCCUCCGCGGGUGCCGGCACCUAGGCCGCGGGGGAUCCUUUGCCCCACGGGCGGCAGUCACCCCCAGGGUGAUCUGGUGUGUAGCUGCUGUCUAUCUGUAAUAGACUGGAUCAAACUGCUCUGUCCCAGAGGUUUCUGCAAAGAUUUUUUUCUGGGAGCUGCUGUUCCUCUGCCUGCCUUCAGACCCUCUCCUCCUGAGUGAUGGCAACCUACACUUGUAUCACUUGCCGUGUGGCUUUCAAGGAUGCUGACAUUCAGCGUGCCCAUUACAAAACUGACUGGCAUAGAUACAACCUGAAGCGUAAGGUUGCUGACAUGCCUCCUGUCACUGCUGAGAAUUUCCAAGAGAGAGUCCUAGCGCAGAGAGCAGUAGCAGAGGAGCAGAACAAAAUCACUGCCACUUACUGCACAGUUUGCAGCAAGAGGUUCUCUACCUUCAAUGCCUACGAGAAUCACUUGAAGUCCAAGAAGCACCUGGAGUUGGAGAAGAAAGCUGUUCAAGCUGUCAGCAAGAAGGUGAAAAUAUUAAAUGAAAAGAACCUGGAAAAGGGGCUGGCCCCAGAGAGUGUAAACAAAGAUGAAAUGAACGCAGCUAUUCAGCAGGCCAUCAGAGCUCAGCCAUCUUCAUCUCCAAAGAAGACACCUUUACCUCCUAGUAAUGCAAGCGGCUCUCCAGUUUCAACGGGAAGCACCAGCUUAUCACAGAGUAGAGAACGAUCGGAAAAACCUCCACGGCUACAGUGGUUUGAACAGCAAGCCAAGAAGCUGGCCAAACAACAAGCAGAGGAAGAAGAGGAUAUGGAAGAAGACUGGGAAGAUAUGGAUUCCGAUGAAGACGUUGGCUCUGAAGAAGAGAUGGAAAGCGUGGGAGAAGAAGAGGGGGAGCAGGCAGAAGCUGAAAGCACUCCUGCUGUUGGGGCCAUACCAGUCACGGACUGCUUGUUCUGUCCCCACCAUUCAAGAUCUCUCACGAAAAAUGUGGCCCAUAUGACAAAAGUUCACAGUUUCUUCAUUCCAGACAUAGAGUACCUUGUGGAUCUCAGAGGACUAAUCAAGUACCUGGGAGAGAAAAUUGGUGUUGGGAAAAUCUGCAUCUGGUGCAACGAAAAAGGGAAAUCCUUCUACUCUACAGAAGCCGUACAGGCUCACAUGAAUGAUAAAAGCCACUGCAAACUCUUCACAGAUGGAGAUGCUGCCCUGGAAUUUGCAGACUUCUAUGAUUUUAGGAGCAGUUACCCCGAUCACAAGGAUGGGGAAGAUGUGGAGGUGCCUGGAGAGCGCCCAGCAGAGAGAGAGUUGGAUUAUGAUGAUGACACCAUGGAGCUGAUCCUUCCUUCAGGUGCAAGAGUGGGUCAUCGUUCUUUAAUGAGAUACUACAAGCAACGAUUUGGUCUGUCAAGAGCAGUGGCUGUUGCGAAAAAUAAGAAAGCAGUGGGUCGGGUGUUGCAGCAGUACAGAGCUUUGGGCUGGACAGGUCAGACAGGGGCAGUCUUUGCUCAGCAGCGUGAUAUGCAGUACCUGCAGAGGAUGAAGUCAAAGUGGAUGCUCAAGACAGGAAUGAGUAACAAUGCUACAAAGCAGAUGCAUUUCCGGGCGCAAGUCAGAUUUUGAGUUCCCAAGAGAGCUGCAUGCAACUGGUUUUGGGAAGGGGGAUUUGAUGGUCUCUGGGUCGAAGAUUCUGUUAUUAAAAUGGACUUGGUACCUAUCAAAUGAGGAUGUGUAUGCUGGUGUGCAUUCCUGUCUGAGGAGAGCAGGGAGCUUGUCUCUUCCAGUGAAAUAAUGGUUGACCUAACUUAAAAAAUAAAGUAUCUUAAAUGGAAUGUGGCAAAGUAGUCAUGGCUAUGAAUGAAGAUGCAUGCAUAGUCUUGCUGCCCGUCUCUGUGCGGUCCAUUUCUGUGGGGCAGUUGGCAUUUUCAUUUAUCUGAAUAUCCUCAGUUUCCAAUUCUGCAAAAUGCAUGUGGCCAAGAGGAGGUCCAAGAUCGAAGAGCCUGAGAUGGAAUAUAUUGAAGGUGUUCACUUGUGAUGCCAGGCAUAAGUUAGCUGGGUGUUUUGGACUUCUAGCUGGCACUGUAGAGGUGAAAAUGUGAGAUCAGAGAUUCUGGGAAGGUUAAGUGAUAAUUGUUUGAAGAAUUGCACUGGUGUAAAACAUAACUGCAGGAUUAAUAUUGUCCUUGGAAGUUGACUGUACUUGUCAGCUGUGGGCUGGAUUAAUAAUUUAUAGUGCAGGUUUUUUAUGUUGAAUUUAAUGAAUUUUCAUUACCUAAAAGCUGCUGAAAAUUACCAAAACGUUUAGAUGAAUGUCAGUCAAAAUAUCUGAUGAUCUGUUAAAGAUUUCCUGAUUAGAACUCUGAAAUCGCUAUUGAUGUCGGCUUUUGUUGUUCCCGUUGAGUACUGGUGUUUCGUAUGAUCUUCUUGGAGGAAAGUGACCCAAGACACGUAUUGGUUAGAGUGGAGGCACGCUCUCCCACUUAAGCAGGUGAACCGUUACAGGCAGGUGUAGAGAAAACCUGCUUGUAAAAGAGCUGAGGCAGCAGCGCUAGUGUUGAUCCUGGUAGUGUAGGUGUUAAAAGCUUCCUUGACCGUACCAGUUCUGACCGUCAUGUGACGAGGUGGGCACUUAGACACAAAGGUGUAGCCUAGCUCAUGAAGACCCGAGCUGUAGUGUGCUGGACACUGUGAGUGUAUGCCACAGGAAAAUUGCUAUUUGUUUGCGUGUCUUUUCAUUGUGAAGGCAGCUGCAGCUGGUUACAGUUAAGUUGCGCUUCUGCAUUUUAGGAUUACUCUGCAUUCCCUGGUAGUGGCUUUCAUUGGCAUGAUUUUAAUACGUUUUCUUCCUCGCCUGUGAAUAGUGUGUGCAUAAUAUCACUGGCAAUGGUAGGGGGAGUGUCAAUUAACACUAUAUUUUGCCUUCUUAAAAUAAUCCACUAAAGUCUCCCUAAGAAGAAAGUUCAGAAAAAGUAGUACUGUUGGUAUAUUAGCACUUGAAAGAGUGGUAUAUUUAUGUGACUCUUAGGAAAGUGAUCAUUUCACAAUGGAGGUGCAUGCUAUGUAUUUUUAUUGUGUGGAUUUGUCCAUGGUGUUUUGGGUUUGGGCUUUUUUUUCUUUUUUUAGUAAGUUAUGCUGCCUUGGAAGUUUUUUGCUUGUUCCUGGUUUUACUGAGAAGACAGAACUUGAUCAGUAUUGGAGGUUGGUAGAUUUGACGCAGCAUUUACUAAGUCAAGUGACUAAUACAUUAAAAAUGGUACAGAUCUGAGUUAAGGGAAAACUGAAGCAGAGAAUUUUAAUGAAAGGCUGUGUUUGCAUCCAAAAUCUUAAACUAAAGUUGGGUAGAUAAAUGAGUACCUCCUUUUUCCUGGCAAGGCAGAGUUACUGCCAUUGUGUAUCCAUAGCUGCAUCUAGCUCACAUUUGAAUUUAUUCUAGAGAGUUUGCUCUGGAUUGGGCUUUACUCUCAAAAUUAGAAGUAAGAGAUCUAGUCUCAGCUAUGUGACUCAGGCUAUGUGAAUCUUAAGACAUCGUAUCCUUUAUUACACUCGUAACCUGGCCCAACUUGCAGUUAUGGUAUGGAUUUCUAGCACUGAGGGUGUAUCAUACAUGUAUUUGUCAAGCCUCAACAUCUGGCAAUUGGGAACUGCUCAUAUCCUUUUCUUUGAAGUUAGAGAUUACUAUCAAAGGGUCUUACACUUAUGGACGACCUACAUUGUCUUUACACAUAGAGCUAAGUGAAAUGCCACAAAAAUGUAGAAAUAGAUGGGUUACACUUCUUAGGCAAAAUCUUAACUUGAAGCCUCCUGAAAUGGCUUUGAAUACAAGUAUGAGUCAUCAGUGAGCGUCAGGGCAGUAUUCAGUCUGGACCUUUUGGAAAACGCUCAUGGAAUAUCCAAAACUUAUGUUAAGGACAGGACAAUUAUCCUGAAAGAGUCUUGGACGUAACCUAGUACAGUUGCUAGUCUUAGAGGUAGGUGUUAAAGGAAUCUCGGCAGUGAAGGCAGAAAUACAAGGAGAUAAUUGAUAACUGACAAAUGACUUUGGGGCUGUAAGGUUCAGGCUGAAGGUGCAUGGGGUUUGCUGCUCUCCCCAAUGUGAAAAGGCAACCAAAGAAACUCCUGUUCUCUGUGCAGACUUGCUCAAAGAAGCCUGCUGCUUAUGCAAAGGUGGGGAUUGCCUGAAUUUCCUGAACAGCCUAGUUCAGAAAGAAAUGCAAGUAACGAAAAAUGAAAAUUGGUAAUGGUUUGUCAAGUCACAGGGAAGCUGAAGGAGGCAACUUGUAUAGUAUGCAUCUAUGAUUCUGUCCUCUGUGUCUUGCUGCAGUUUACUCAGAAGAAAAUGGAGGAGAGUUAUGGAAACCUACUCAUAUUUUAAAGGAAGAGUUUUAAAUGUAAGCUGAAAACAGGUGUCUUGGAAAACCAGCAGAGGGCAUAGGAAAGCUUUUCCCAGAAUUGUGUUUACUAUGAAAAUAAAUAAAGUCUAGUAAGAACACAUUCAUGCGGCAUACCCGUAGGGUGAAAAGGCCAAGCUCGCCACUAACGUGAGUUAAGAUUAGUACUAGACUGGUGAGAUGAAUUGCUGUUAGUGUCUCUGUGUAGGUCCAGGCAGAGCAUUGCUAGCAAAGGGUAGCUAGAACAAGGAUGUUCCACUGUGUUCAGUAACAGUGCUACACUCUGCACAGCUUGCAGGUAACUCUAGCUAUGUCAAAGCAUCUGAGAGUAUUUUUAUUAAACAUACUUCACAGUGUUACAAUUCAGUCUUUUACCUCCCUAGCCUAAAUCCUGAAGAUGUACGAAGGAUAGCGGAGGGCAGUUUUUUGUUUCCAAUUCCAAAUGAUGAUGGUUCCCAUCAAGGAGCUAUGUGUCCAGCUAUGACCUAGCCUGCUCCCCUGCUCUGACCUUUCUGUCUCUUACAACCAGAAAGAGAAAAAAGUUUAGAGGUAACCAAGUGGGUUUGAGACAGUCCCUGGAUAUAGUGGGUACUCCGGGGCAAGAAUUUCCUGGUAUGAUUGUAAUUCGGUGGACGUUCUACUCCCAGAAGAGGAGAUGAUUCCUUCUCAAGCUGGUGCAUCCAUAGUAGGAAAGGCUGGGAAGAAGCAUAGAAAAAGUAUACCCCUUUUGGACAAGGCUGGGGUUCUGCUCCCCUGUCAAUCCAGUAAUAGCUGAAUGUUGAAGUGGUCCCGAUGCUGCGUCAGGCAUUGCAGAUGAAUCAGCAGAAUGAAAGAGUUGGCGAAGCUGGCAGAGUACAUCUGCCAUCUCCUUUUGGAAAUAGUUCCUCUGUUUUGUACACUUAAGUUAUCUAAAAGCAACCCAAGUGGUACUAGAAGGAAAAACAUGUACCCAUUGUGUGGAAGGGAGGGGCUAGGAAAGAGAGAAGCAUAUGGGAUGUAGAGUGACAGAGACACAGGAGAGUCAGAUAUGUAAAACAUCUUAACAGCUUAUUACAGCGCAGUUGCAUGUCAACAAGUAAAGAUCUAUUUAAAGUGAGCACUCCCUUUAAUAGUGCAUUAUCGAUCCCUAAUUGGUUUCUACAGCGUAGAGGGGCUGAGAUGUAAGGGAAUUGGACCAUUGCCCAGCUAACAUUUGAUGCUUGAGGAGCAUCUGAGUGAGAUUCUGUGCUACAACUUUUAAGAGUUAUUUUUCAUCUAUCAAAACUGGGGCAUCCUGUGCUAAUGGGCUUCAUCUGCUCAGGAGUUUGGUCAUCUUCCUCCACACUAUCUGCAUAAAGCUACUGGUGGAAAACUGCACUUCAGAGACACAAGUGGGUUUAUACUAUUAUGUUCUGUAACAGACAAGAGAUUGAAGAGAAAAUUUAGGGCACAUCUGACUGAAAACUAAAAAUAUAUCUUAAAAGCUUUGAAUCUUAGUGGUCAGUUGCUUUAGUCCAGCUGCCUACAAUACUGCAGCUGGAGAAUGGCAGUCACCAGACUGUCAUUAAGUCCUGAAUCCUCAGCAGUCGGCAGCGCCUGGAUAGUUGAGAAGACCAACUGAUGGCCCUUCGUGUGUCAGAGCAAGCCAAACCAUCUCUUCUCAGGAACCUGACACAGAGGAAAUUUCUGUUGCCUCUCCCACUACAUCCCAAACUAGCCUGCCUGAGUGAGGUGCAGCAGCCGGGCACUUCAGGAGCAAUACGAGCAGUAACAGGAGACCUGUAACCAGCUUUGUGUUAAGGAUUUCUGCACAAGUCUCGGGAACCAGAUUAAAAGCAGAGUAAUAAAUACUAGCUGAGCCAGGAAGGGAGUCUGAAUCACUAUCCUCUAAAAGUAAUCGGCGC